AUGCCGUCCGUCGUAUCAUCUCAACAUUCGCGUCAGGACAACCAGGAUAGUGACAACUCUAACACAGAGACCCCUGAUACUCCUUCAGCUCCCAGAGUUUCGCUAGGAAGGAAUUCAAAAUUAACGAUAGCUUCAAAGCGCCCUCUAGCCGGGGAAGAACAGAACGGGACAAUUAAGGAACAUACUGCAACAACAAGUAGAAGUAAAAGACGAAAGCUUACACCCGACUCCGAUACAAACGAUAGCCCUGGCGACAAUAAUGAUGAAGGAAGCAACCCAGCUACACCAGGCGAAGAUGGGAGUGCUCGAAAUGAAGGAGGAGAAGAGGAUGAUGAUGAUGGUGACGAAUAUGCCUCUCGCAACAAAGAAGUUAUCAUUCCUGUUGCUGAGGACUAUGAUUCCGAUGACUCGGAAAUAGGCAUGGCAGAUUCCUUAGAUAAGAUGAGGAAAAAUUUCGAAGAAAUCCCACAUGCCCGUGGUGCCAUUGUUAGGGUCUAUAUGGAAAAUUUCGUUACUUAUAACAAAGUUACAUUCGAGCCUGGUCCAAGUUUAAAUAUGGUGAUCGGCCCAAACGGAACCGGCAAGAGCACUCUGGUCUGUGCCAUUUGUUUAGGGUUAGGAUUCGGCCCAGAGCAUCUUGGCAGAGCGAAGGAUAUCGCGGAGUUUGUCAAGAACGGGAACGACAAAGCCAUCAUUGAAAUUGAGCUCAAGGGCUCACCUACCGAUGAAGUCAACCCGACUGUUAGAAGAAUGAUUACGAGAGAUGGCUCAACACGGUAUUGGAUCGAUGGCAAAGAGCAACCCCACAGAGCAGUCAAGCAGCUAAUGAAGCUCUUAAACAUCCAGAUUGACAAUCUUUGUCAGUUCCUUCCGCAGGAUCGAGUCGUUGAGUUUGCGGCUCUGGGCCCUGUGCCUCUCCUAAGAGCAACCCAACGGGCUGCUGCACCACCUGAAGUUUUAGAGGACCACGAUGAGCUGAAGCGGCUCCGUGCCUCGGAGGUUGGCCUAGAAAUAGGGCUUGAUCACGACCGUCAAUCCAUAAAUACGAUGGAGGCGCGACAAAAGAACUUAGAGAGGGAUGUUGCUAGACUCCGUGAGCGUCAAACCCUUCAAGAGCAUAUCAAGCUAUUGGAGAAAUCGAUCCCGUUUGUAGAAUUCCAGGAUAUCAAGAAACAUCGAGCCGAUGUGAAACAACAGUACAACGCCUGCCUUGCGCAACUGGAGGGAAUCCGCAAGGAACAAGAGCCCCAGACAAAACAGAUAGAGCAAGUCGAGAACCAACUAAAAGGGAUAAAAGCUUGGUUGGAGGAUGAAAAGAGGGAUCUCACAUCUUUAGAAAACGAACUGAGACAUGAUAGAGAAAGGGUGUCCGGUUUAAAGGAGGAGGAGGCAAAAGCCGAAUUUGAUCUCGAUAUUCUUAUCAAUUCUGAGAAAGAGAGGAAGGCGAAAAUCGAAAAAUCCAAAGAGCAGAUCGCACGGCAUGAGAGGGCACUCGCAGAUGACCCGGGCAAGUUGGAUGUAUCAGAAUUGAAUGGUAAAAUUAAUGAGAUUAAUGGAGAACUGCGUGCAAGUCGGAGCGAGUUGAGUGCAGGACGUAACUCAUUGGAACCCCUUCAGACUAGACGCGAGGAACGACGGAGCGAGAUAGGGCAAAUAGAUCAAUGGAUACUUCGAAUGAAUAAUAUCGCAGAGCAAAGAAUGGAGGCACUGCGGAAGGUUUCACCUGAGUCAUUCACAGUUUUUACAUGGUUGCAAGGCAAUAAAAACAAGUUCAAAGGGCCUGUAUAUGGGCCACCCGUCGUCGAAUGCACCGUCAAAGACCCUAGAUAUCAAGCCGAAAUUGAAUCCCUUUUUAGUCCAGGCGACAAGUUUGCAUUUACAUGCACCAGCAGGGCAGAUUUCGACGUCCUAAUAGAGGCGGUGUACGGAGACAAUCGGAAUAACAAAGGGCUCGGGCUUUCUGAAGUUACUAUCAAGUAUAUAGAAAAAGGACUUGAAGAGUUCCCACGAAUAGCUUCCAAAGAUGAGCUUUCAACUUGGGGGUUUGACGGACUCGCUCUGGACUUCAUCAGUGGCCCUUCAGAAGUACUUAGCAUGCUCUGUAAUAGUAUCGGACUCCAUCGAGUGGGAAUUUCCAAGUCCAAGCUCUCUCCCUCUCAGCAGCAAUCAGUGAAAACAGGGGAAAAAAUGAUGAAAUGGAUUGCGGGCGGUGUCUCUACGUCGAUACGGCGAAGGCCGGAUUACCCAGCCGCAGAGACAGAGAUUAACUCCCAUAUAGGGCAGCCGAAAUUUUUCAAAACGGUCGAGGUUGAGAGACAUCUUAUUGAGGAGAAGAGGCAACGGCAAAACCAGCUGGAAGUUGAGAUUGAAGAAAUAGGCCGCGAAAUCGAUCUUCGGAAGGCGAGUUUCCAGAAGCUGGAGGAGCGGGAAUCAUCAUUACACGCAGAAAAGAACGCCCUCAACCAACAAAAGGACAAUAUGCAGAAAUCAGUCCUCAAAUAUCAAAAAAUAAAAACCGUUCUUAGCAAUGAACUACAAACUCUUGAAUCUCUAGAAAAGUCCGGGAAGGGCUUCAAAAGCAAGGUUGCAAGACAAGAAACCCUUGCUUUGCAGAUAAACAUGGAUCGUGUCAUUGCAGCGGCCAAAUUUUCUGAACGUGUUCGUGAAUACGUGGCUCAGUAUAGGGCCGUGGCAUCUGCAGAACUUCACGCCAUAGAAUUAUCCUCGAAUCUACAACAUUACAACUCAUGGAACCAGAGUUUUAAGAAUCGCCUCGAGAGCAAGAAGGAAGAGUGCGAAGAACUUAGGAAGCUUGACCAAGAAAUAUCCAGUAAAUCUGCCGAGCUCCGUGCGCAAUGCCGCACCCUCAUAGCGAACUUUUCAGCCAAAGAAAAAGAGGAGAUCUCAGAAAACCACUCGAGAAAAACUGUGGAUGAACUCAAGGCCGAAAUCCAACAAGAGGAAGUUCGCCUAGAGGGGAUCCAUGAAGGAAACCCCCAUGCAAUUAGGCAGUACGAAGCUCGUGAGAAGGAAAUCAACGAGCUACGUAGUUUAAUGGAUGCCAAGAAAGCGAAUCUGGACAAGCACCAGCUAAAAAUAAAAAGGGUACGGAAUCGCUGGGAACCUCGCAUCGACCAGCUUGUAGAGAACAUUAGCGAGGCUUUCUCUCGCAGUUUUGAAUUCAUUGGUUGUGCGGGGUCCGUCAGGAUCAGAAAGGAAGGGAAAGAUGGUUGUGAUUUUGAAAACUGGGCGAUCGAGAUUCUAGUCAAGUUUCGCGAAUCAGAAACAAUGCAAGUCUUGACUGCUCAGAGGCAGUCCGGAGGUGAAAGAGCAGUAUCGACUGUCUUCUACCUUAUGGCUUUACAGUCGCUAGCUCGGGCACCCUUCCGAGUCGUGGACGAAAUCAAUCAAGGAAUGGAUCCGCGAAACGAGCGACUUAUCCACAAGCGGAUGGUAAAGAUUGCCUGCAAGAAACAUACAUCCCAGUAUUUCCUGAUAACACCUAAACUCUUAGUCGACCUUGACUAUCAUGAGCGAAUGAAAGUUCAUUGCAUCAACAGUGGGGAUUGGGUGGCCGACAACCACGUCCAGGAUUUUAAGAAAUAUAUUGAAGCUGCGCGACAACAGGCAGCGGGAGCAUAA